ACCGAUUGGUCGGCAGCGGCGCGCCAAACGUCACGUGGUCUCCUUUUCGCGCGAAAGUGAGGUCUCUGUUGUGAGGAGGUGAUCGCGUGUCUGUUUCCGGAGAGAAGCUGAGCGUGUCUGAGGCUCAUCGUCAGUUUCUGAAUCUUUUCUCACACUUUCACGGGAUUUCAACAUGGACGUUGCCACAGCAACCGCGGAGAAUGCCGGGGAGAUGGUGAAAGACGAGUUGGCAGAGAAAUGUCAGAAGUUAUUCCAGGCUUUCUUAGAGGAGUUUCAGAGCGGGGACGGGGAGGUGAAGUAUGUGCGUGAGGCCGAGGAGCUGAUCAGGCCCGAGAGGAACACGCUGCUGGUCAGCUUCACAGACCUGGAGGGUUUCAACCAGGAGCUGGCCACCACCAUCCAGGAGGAGUACUACAGAGUUUAUCCCUUCCUGUGUCGUGCAGUGCGCAACUUUGCUCGGGAUCAUGGGAAUGUUCCUCUCAACAAAGAGUUCUACGUUGCCAUCGAGGAUCUUCCCACCAGACACAAAAUCCGUGAGCUGUCGUCCAUGCGUAUCGGCACCCUGGUGAGGAUCAGUGGUCAGGUGGUGAGGACACACCCGGUACACCCUGAACUGGUGAGCGGCACCUUCCUGUGCAUGGACUGCCAGGCGGUGAUCAAAGACGUCCCUCAGCAGUUCAAAUACUCUCCGCCAACCAUCUGCAGAAACCCCGUCUGCAACAACCGCGCCCGCUUCCACCUGGACACACACAAAUCCAAGUUCAUCGACUUCCAGAAGGUGCGUAUCCAGGAGACGCAGGCGGAGCUGCCACGUGGUUCCAUCCCACGCUCCCUUGAGAUCGUGCUGAGGGCCGAGGCUGUGGAGACCGCGCAGGCCGGAGACCGCUGUGAUUUAACAGGGACCCUCAUCGUGGUGCCGGACGUGUCUCAGCUCAGCACUCCUGGUGUGCGAUCAGAGACCAGCACCCGUGUAGCUGGAGGACCCCAGGGCUCAGAGUCUGAGGGUCUGAGGGGGCUGAAAGCUCUGGGAGUCAGAGAGCUGUCAUACAGACUGGCCUUCCUGGCUUGCAACGUGGCUCCAACUAACCCACGGUUUGGUGGAAAGGAGCUGCGGGAGGAGGAGCAGACUGCAGAGAGCAUCAAGAGCCAGAUGACGGAGAGGGAGUGGGAGAAAGUGUUUGAGAUGAGCCAGGACAAAAACCUGUAUCACAACCUGUGCACCAGCCUCUUCCCCACCAUCCACGGCAAUGACGAGGUGAAGCGCGGCAUCCUGCUGAUGCUGUUCGGAGGCGUUCCUAAGAAGACCAUGGAGGGAACCUCGCUGAGGGGAGACAUCAAUGUCUGCAUCGUCGGAGACCCAAGUACAGCCAAGAGCCAGUUCCUCAAGCACGUGGAGGAGUUCAGUCCCCGAGCAGUGUACACCAGUGGCAAAGCCAGCAGUGCCGCGGGUCUGACAGCCGCCGUGGUCCGAGACGAAGAGUCCAAUGAGUUUGUCAUCGAGGCCGGAGCACUGAUGCUGGCCGACAACGGUGUGUGCUGCAUUGAUGAGUUUGACAAGAUGGACUUGAAGGACCAGGUGGCCAUUCAUGAAGCCAUGGAGCAGCAGACCAUCAGCAUCACAAAGGCUGGAGUCAAGGCCACGCUCAAUGCUCGUACAUCCAUCCUGGCUGCUGCUAACCCCGUCGGUGGCCGCUAUGAACGCAGCAAGAGUCUGAAACAGAACGUCAACCUGUCCGCCCCCAUCAUGAGCCGCUUUGACCUCUUCUUCAUCCUGGUGGACGACUGCAACGAGGUGACAGACUACGCCAUCGCCCGCCGCAUCGUGGACCUGCACUCCCGUGUGGAGGAAUCAGUGGACAGACUCUACUCUCUGGACGAGAUCCGCAGAUAUCUUCUCUUUGCCAGGCAGUUCAAACCUAAGAUCUCAAGCGAAUCAGAAGAGUUCAUCGUCGAGCAGUACAAGCGUCUCCGUCAGCGCGACGGCUCAGGCGGCGUGUCCAAGUCUGCCUGGAGGAUCACGGUGCGACAGCUGGAGAGCAUGAUCCGCCUGUCGGAGUCCAUGGCGCGUAUGCACUGCUGUGAUGAGGUGCAGCCCAAACAUGUGAAGGAAGCGUUCCGUCUCCUGAACAAGUCCAUCAUCCGAGUAGAGACGCCCGACAUCAACCUGGAGCAGGACGAAGAGCUGGAGGAAGAGGAGCAGCAGGAGGAAGGAAACAACAUCCCCAAUGGAGUGAAUGGUCAUGUGGAUGGUGUUAACGGCCAUGUUAAUGGUGUCAAUGGCCAAACCAAUGGUGUGAAUGGCCACGCUGAGACGGGCAGCCAGGCCAAACCGUCUCUCCGCCUGUCUUUCCCCGAGUACAGACGCAUCUCCAACCUGCUCGUCCUGCAUUUGCGCAGAGCAGAGGAGGCUGAGGAAGAGGAGGAGCUGAAGAAGAGUACAGUGGUGAACUGGUAUCUGAAGGAGAUCGAGUCAGAGAUCGACUCUGAGGAGGAGCUGGUCAAUAGGAAGGGCUUGAUCGAGAAGGUCAUUCACAGACUGGUGCACUAUGAUCACAUCCUGAUCGAGCUGUCUCAGACCGGGCUGAAGGGCUCAGAGUCUGAGAGCUCAGAGGAAGAAAGUGUUCUGGUCGUCAACCCCAACUACAACCUGGAGGAUUAAACUGUUUUGCUUCCACAACUUCAGUUCAAGGUGUUGAAUAUGAACGCUCAUAUGUAACACGUACAUAAUAGUAGCACUGGAGAUGCUAUUAGACUUGUUUUUUGAGUUAAUAUCUCUAAUGUAAAAAGAUUUGUUUCUAGGGCUCUUAAAGAAAAAAAAAAAAAAAGCUUUGUCUUUGUCAGAGGGACUUAUGUAAAUAUGCUGCUCGUUCCGCCAGUCGUUCUCUGGCUCCUGUUUGAGUUCAGGGACCUGCCCUGAAUUGUGUAAUUGCUGUUUGUUAUUGUAACUGUAUAUUAAGGGUGUGCGCUGCAGCUCACUUCUGUGGUUUCAUGUUCUGUCUUUUUGUAAAAUUAUGAUGUGGAUUGAAAUGUUGGUUAAAUAAAAAAAAAAGUUGACUUAAA